AUGCCCACCCACUAUACUAACUCUGUGUGUCGGGACCUGCCAGGGAACAGAGAGGAGGAGGAUGAGGAUGAUGACGAUUACGAGAACAUGGCGCCAUCCUACAAGGACCUUCCUCCUAAGCCAGCUUCGAUGGCUCCACCGAGACCUCCAAGGGCAGGAAAGAAAACAGAGAAUCCCCCACGUCCCUGCAAACCCCCAAAGGUCACAGGCCUGGACCUCACCCCUGUCACCUUCACGUCCCCUCAACUGGGCAGUGAUCUGGAGCAUCCUCCAUUCCAGCCAUCCCUAGCCACCCCAGCCGCAGCAACUCCCGUGCCUUGGCUCAGUCAGAAGUCCGGGGGUCCCGGGUGCCACCAGGAGGAGAGACUGAUGGUGUACCUGUGUCUGCUGGUGGUGGUGUCGCUGCUCCUGGGCUGCACUGGGUUGGCUGUGACCUUGAUUAAGUACCAGGAGGUGGUGGAAGAACUGAGGAUGUUAACCUUUCAGCAGAUGGCCUGGCGAGCAAAUGUGACUGGAAUGGCAGGGCUAGCUGGCCUGAAGAAGGACAUUGACCACAUAAGAGCUAACACCAACCAGUCCCUGGCGGAGCUUCGGGGCUUAUUAGACUGCAGCAGGGUCACCUGUCCUGAGGGCUGGCUCCCCUUCGAGGGCAAGUGUUACUACUUCUCUCCGAGCACCAAGCCAUGGGAUGAAGCCCGGACGUUCUGCCAGGAGAAUUACUCUCACUUGGUCAUCAUCAGUAGCUUCGCUGAGCAGAACUUUGUCACCAAGGCUCAUGGCUCUCCGCGGGUGUAUUGGCUGGGGCUGAAUGACAGGGACCGUGAAGGGGACUGGAGGUGGCUGGAUGGAUCACCCGUCACUUUGAGCUUCUGGGACCCGGAGGAGCCUAACAACAUGCAUGACGAGGACUGUGCCAGCAUGAACAAAGGGGGCACCUGGAAUGACCUCUCCUGCGACAAAACCACGUACUGGAUCUGUGAGCGGAAGUGUUCCUGUUGAAGCCCAGG